AGAGUGGCUCGUUAUAACAAAGAGAACAGAAUUUAUAACAUCAUAAAAACUAUGUUUUUAUGUGGCAUGGCACAUGAAGAGGUAUUAGAAGUGAUAAGAGUCACUCUGCGAUCGCCUGAUGAGCCGACAUAUAUACAGGGAGAUGGAGCGCUUGUAGCUAUACGAAACUUCGGAUAUCCCGUCGGGGAAAUGGUGGAGUUUGAUAGACGAGGACAUCUCAUAACGUGGUUAACGACUACGGUCAAGGUGGUGUAUACAGUUGACGAGCAUGGUGAUUAUGAAGUCAUCACAUCAUUUCCACUAAUAAGAAGGAGGGCGAGGGAGGUGAGAAUAAUCUUUCCUAAUAGCAAAAUAUGGCCUUUUAGUAUGAUAGUGUCAUGAUUUUAAUUUACUUGUUUACGUAUUUUGCUAUAAAUCUCAUUGACAUUCAUUAUUUCCAAAUAUUGUCAACUGCAUGAGGCAAUACUUUGAACAAUUACUGGAUUAGGUUUUUGUGAUAUCUACAAUAAUCAAGGUCGAAGUAAAUGUCAAAGCCUCUCUGAGGAAAUCAAUUGCCCCGACCACGAUUAUUCUGGACAUCAUGACCAAAUCUAAUACAUAGUUGUUUAAUUAUACAUUGUUUCGAACAAAAUAACACACUGUCGCAGCCAACACAGAUGAUUGCUCUUGGAAAUCAUGCAUUGCGCGCGCUACCUGCAGAUUAGUCAAUUAUCUGCUAUCCGAAGGUUGCGCUGAUUUGAAAAAUUAAGAGUAACCUAUCAGCCAAUGAGAAGACAGAUACUGAGUACAAAUUUUUAUUAGUAGUGAUGAGAUAUGUAAGCAUGAGUCAUUAAUGCUGAAUAUGCCAUGGCUAUGGAAAGGAAGACUAUUGUAAAAGCCUUAGGUUAUAUAGACUAGAGGCUUCCAAAAGUUACAGAGUACCCUGUGAGCUCUGAGUACUAAAUAUAUAAACGAGUUAUUUGGUUUAAAAAAGGAUAAAGGAAGGAAAAAAAAAAAGUAGUAUAAAAACGAAACAAAUUAAAACCGGGGAAACUAGAAGAAAAACGAGAUUAUUUUAUUUAUUUUAGAUGUGCCUCAUAUAAUCCGUGUAUGUUAUCAUUAUAUCAUAAUUACACAACUACCUUCUUCACAGGGCCAUAUGAACGUUACCUGACUAAAAGGACAACUACUAAUGAGAUGUUCUUUUUUUACCGUAGGCUAUGGCAUCUUAUUGGAACCACUGA